GCUGCCUUGGUCAGAGUCCGGAGCGGCCGCUGCCCGAGCGCGCCGAGCUCAGUUCGCUGCCCGCGACGGCUCCCACCCCGGUCCGACCCCGACCCCGACCCAGCCCGGCUAGGCUCCACACGCAGCAGCCACGAUGGAGGUGAUGAACCUGAUUGAACAGCCCAUCAAGGUGACCGAGUGGCAGCAGACAUACACCUAUGACUCAGGCAUCCACUCAGGCGCCAACACCUGCGUGCCCUCAGUCAGCAGCAAGGGCAUCACAGAUGAGGACGAGGCCUGCGGGCGCCAGUACACGGUCAAGAAGACCACCACCUAUACCCAGGGGGUGCCCCAGAGCCAAGGUGAUCUGGAGUACCAAAUGUCCACAACGGCCAGAGCCAAGCGGGUUCGUGAGGCCAUGUGUCCUGGUGUGUCCAGCGAGGACAGUUCACUGCUGAUGGCCACCCAGGUGGAGGGGCAGGCCACCAACCUGCAGCGACUGGCUGAGCCAUCCCAGCUGCUCAAGUCAGCCAUUGUUCAUCUCAUCAACUACCAAGAUGAUGCUGAGCUUGCCACCCGGGCCCUGCCCGAGCUCACCAAACUGCUCAACGAUGAGGACCCGGUGGUGGUGACCAAGGCGGCCAUGAUUGUGAACCAGCUGUCGAAGAAGGAUGCGUCGCGGCGCGCCCUGAUGGGCUCGCCCCAGCUAGUGGCAGCCGUGGUGCGCACCAUGCAGAACACCAGCGACCUGGACACUGCCCGCUGCACCACCAGCAUCCUGCACAACCUCUCCCACCACCGUGAGGGGCUGCUCGCCAUCUUCAAGUCGGGUGGCAUUCCUGCCCUGGUCCGCAUGCUCAGCUCCCCCGUGGAGUCGGUGCUGUUCUAUGCCAUCACCACGCUGCACAAUCUGCUGCUCAACCAGGAGGGCGCCAAGAUGGCUGUGCGCCUGGCGGACGGGCUGCAGAAGAUGGUGCCCCUGCUCAACAAGAACAACCCCAAGUUCCUGGCCAUCACCACCGACUGUCUGCAGCUCCUGGCCUAUGGCAACCAGGAGAGCAAGCUGAUCAUCCUGGCCAAUGGAGGGCCCCAGGCCCUUGUGCAGAUCAUGCGUAACUACAGUUAUGAGAAGCUGCUCUGGACCACCAGCCGCGUGCUCAAGGUGCUGUCUGUGUGUCCCAGUAACAAGCCUGCCAUUGUGGAGGCUGGUGGGAUGCAGGCCCUGGGCAAGCACCUGACAAGCAACAGCCCUCGCCUGGUGCAAAACUGCCUGUGGACACUGCGCAACCUCUCGGAUGUGGCCACCAAGCAGGAGGGCCUGGAGAGUGUGCUGAAGAUUCUGGUGAACCAGCUGAGUGUGGACGACGUCAAUGUCCUCACCUGCGCCACGGGCACCCUUUCCAACCUGACAUGCAAUAACAGCAAGAACAAGACGCUGGUGACGCAGAACAGUGGUGUGGAGGCGCUCAUCCAUGCCAUCCUGCGUGCUGGCGACAAGGACGACAUCACGGAGCCUGCUGUCUGUGCCCUGCGCCACCUCACCAGCCGCCACCCUGAGGCUGAGAUGGCCCAGAACUCCGUGCGCCUCAACUACGGCAUCCCAGCCAUUGUCAAGCUGCUCAACCAGCCUAACCAGUGGCCACUGGUUAAGGCAACCAUCGGCCUGGUCAGGAAUCUGGCUCUGUGCCCAGCGAACCAUGCCCCACUGCAGGAGGCAGCGGUCAUUCCCCGCCUUGUCCAACUGCUGGUUAAGGCCCACCAGGAUGCCCAGCGCCACGUGGCUGCAGGCACUCAGCAGCCCUACACGGAUGGCGUGAGGAUGGAGGAGAUCGUGGAGGGCUGCACUGGAGCCCUGCACAUCCUGGCCCGGGAUCCUAUGAACCGCAUGGAGAUCUUCCGACUCAACACCAUCCCUCUGUUUGUGCAGCUCCUGUACUCGUCGGUAGAGAAUAUCCAGCGUGUGGCUGCCGGGGUGCUGUGCGAGCUGGCCCAGGACAAGGAGGCGGCUGAUGCCAUCGAUGCUGAGGGGGCCUCAGCCCCACUCAUGGAGCUGCUGCACUCGCGCAACGAGGGCACUGCCACCUAUGCCGCUGCCGUCCUGUUCCGCAUCUCUGAGGACAAGAACCCAGAUUACCGUAAACGCGUGUCCGUGGAGCUCACCAACUCCCUCUUCAAGCAUGACCCAGCUGCCUGGGAGGCUGCCCAGAGCAUGAUCCCCAUCAAUGAGCCCUAUGCAGAUGACAUGGAUGCCACCUACCGCCCCAUGUACUCGAGCGAUGUGCCCCUGGACCCCUUGGAGAUGCACAUGGACAUGGACGGGGACUACCCCAUUGACACCUACAGCGACGGCCUCAGGCCCCCGUACCCCACCGCGGACCACAUGUUGGCCUAGCUGGCUCCUCCCAGUGCAGUUUUUCAUCUGAAAGGCUCUCCGAGCAGGCGAUGGGGUGAGACAGAAAAGUGCUUGAGCCUGGGGGAGCCAGGGCCAUGACUUCCUGCUGAACCCCGCGCCUCCAGAGGUCCUCUGUAGGGUCUUUCUUGGGAUGGUGUUCUGCUCCUGCUUUUCUGUCCUGGGCAGUGGGUCCAGGGCAUGACACCCCCUCCCUGCCCCCAUGACCCUGGCCACUAAAGCUUUAGACACGUGCCACCCACUCUGUGUCCUCCCAGCAACCCCCCACCCCCACCUCAGCCUGCCUAUUCCAGAUGGCUGAGCCCCGCAGGGCUUUGGUUUCUUUUUUGGGUCUAAAUUUCUCACCAAACUCCACCAGCAGACUACCUUGAGUCUCCAAGGUCUCCAGGACCCAGGUUCAAGGCCCAAACCCCUGAAAUCCAAAGCUUCUCUUGAAAAGUUCAGGGACCAUCCAGGAGAAAUGGGGCAGAGAUGUGGAGAGUCAGUCCCCUGCUCCAGGACACUGCCUGCUUCUCUCUCCAGGAUGCUAAAUUGGCUCGGCCCCUCCCCGGGGAGCCCGGGGACAGCUCCCUUGCACCCCUGUUCCACCCACACAACUGCCCUAGCUGGCCCCCAUAAGUGCUCUUUGUUGACCCCUCUGGUGUGUGGUGAGGGGCUUUCUCUUCCCCUUCCAGUUUCAGACCCCCUCCCACCUCCUGCACAUGGGUGUGGGGGGCUUGGGGGGGUCCCAGCGGAGAGUUUUAUUAUUGCUUUAUGUUUUUGGUUAUUGGUUGUUUUGUAUAAACCAAAGCAAAGAAAAUAAAAAUAAU